UUUUCCAUUUGUCUACGUUAUUCUCUUGACUAAGUCAGCAGGUGAACUUCACGUGAGAUGACACGGCAUGAGAAUCCAACAGGUGCAACAGGUACACUCAGGAUCAUUCUUGUCUAACGUUUUGCCUUGGAGACGAUUCUUAUCGUUCGUCAUACUGUAAGUCCGCCUAGAAAGAAGAGAGCCGUGUCUGUCAGCAUUGGGGUUUCCAGUUACGCAUACGCAAGAGCGUGUUCGGGUUGCUGCACUGAAAAUCGCACGGAAUUUAACAAGGGUCAGACCAGUGACUGGGAACCCAAUGCAUACUAACAAUGUUAAGGAUAAUAUUGCAAGAGUGCUGCUAAUAUUCAGAUAUCUUGGUGUUCUGAUGUGUGCGUAUUAAAAUGUUUUUUUUUUCACUAUAUCGAGUGGCAAACCCAUGUGAAUGGUGGGGUGACAAUGCUGCAACUUGGGAAGACGAUCAGUAAUGUCUUCUGUUAAUAAACCGGGAUUGCUGCCUUGACCACGAUGGGAACCUGUGAACCUGAGCAGAACGCAAGCUGGAACUUAACUCCUGGUUACUCUACAGCAGACGAAAGCGAGAACGCUACUGCGCUCUCAGGAUACAUUUUGGUGAUCCUGACUAUCUUAAUGGUAACACUUAUAGUUGUAGUGGUGGGUGGCAAUGCGCUCGUUAUACUGGCUUUUAUCGUGGAUAAGAGUCUCAGAAAUCAAAGCAAUUACUUCUUUUUGAACCUGGCCAUCUCUGAUUUCCUUGUUGGGGUGUUCUGCAUUCCCAUCUACAUCCCGUAUAUCCUCACCGGACACUGGAUGCUGGGCCGUGGCCUGUGCAAGCUGUGGUUGGUGAUAGAUUAUGUCCUCUGCACAGCCUCAGUCUUCAACAUCGUCCUCAUCAGCUAUGAUCGCUUCCUGUCUGUCACACGCGCGGUACGAUAUAGAGCCCAGCAGGGCAUGACCAAUCAGGCGGUGGGGAAGAUGCUGAUGGUUUGGGUGCUGGCCUUCCUCCUCUAUGGCCCUGCCAUCAUAUUUUGGGAGCAGGUGGCGGGCAAGAGUAUCGUUCCGGAGGACCAGUGCUUCGCUGAGUUCUACUGCACCUGGUACUUCCUGCUCAGUGCGUCCACCUUCGAGUUCUUCUCGCCGCUGGUGUCAGUGGCCUUCUUCAACUUCAGCAUCUACCUGAACAUCCACCGCAGGGAGAAGAUCAGGGGCAGGGUCGGCCACAAGGGGAGGGAGGAGCUGGCCGAGGAGCGAUGGAGGGACUCUAGCGGAGGUGCGUCGGCUGUGUUCUUCAUCAAAACACGCAAAGUGUCGUCCAGCGAGCCGGCGGCCGUGUCUGCGGUGAUCGAGGAGGACGAGGAGUUGUCGCCAUCGUCCAGUGGCGAGCCCAGCAGCAACCAAUCGGUGAGCUUCUCCAUGAGGAAGACAAAAGGCAGGAGGAAGAUCACCGGAGGCUGGACUCUGUCCUGCUCGGGCGCCGCGCCGAGCCACUCGUCCUCGUCCAACGCCCCCUGCAGAGGCGGGGGGCAUUCGAGGCUGUCGCGCGACAAAAAGAUCGCCAAGUCACUGGCGGUGAUCGUGUGUGUCUUUGCCUUGUGCUGGGCGCCCUACACACUGCUCAUGAUCAUCCGUGCGGCCUGCAGUGGGACGUGCGUGGAGCACCACUGGUACGAGGUGACCUUCUGGCUCCUGUGGCUCAACUCAGCCAUCAAUCCCUUCCUAUACCCUCUGUGCCACAGCAGUUUUCGCAGGGCCUUCGCCAAGAUACUCUGCCCCAAGCGCCAGUCCGUUCAGCCACACGCGAUUAUCCAUUCCAGCCAGUGACAACAUGUGACAUGAACAAUAGUUUGUACAGUAGAACCUGUACAUGAUAUUAACCCAUAAAGAUGUACUAUCACACCGAUGUGAAGGGAAUGUUGGGAAAUUAACGUUCUAAAGAAUUUCUGGGUUCACUGAAUUUAAAAUAGAAUUUUAGAACCUCCGAUUGUUGCGGAACGGAAUCUUAUGUUAGAAUGUUCAAAAACCCACACCUUUAAGGGUUAAGGAGGAAUGAAUGAUAUCAAGCAACCCAGCAAUUUAUAUCUAAAUACAAGCUGAGCCGACUUUUUGCCACAAUUGAGUGGGAUGGGACUCCAUGAAUGCAGUCACUAUAAUUACUCUUCAGUGUAUGAUCAGUGUCUAUGGGGUAUCAUCUUGGAUACUGGUAUGUGGACAUCAGUGAUCAUCAACGUGAUUGUUACCAUAAUAAUGACAUUGUUGCUGGACCGUUAGAGAGCAGUAUUUUCCUUCCCGUUGUCACAGUCACAUGCUGUGUAAUGAUCAUGAAUCACAGCUCUUUCAACAUCACAGACUCACUGUUUGGUGAAAAAAAAAAGGUAGGUUAAGUUGUUAUGCCGUGCAUGAAGAUCAUGGGCAGAUUUUGCAUAGUGAGUGCAUAAUUAUUACAAAAAAAAAACAUUGACAACAACUAGUGCAGUCUCAAAAAGACAUUGCUUUACAGUUGAAUGCUAUACCUGAUAUAUAUAGUUUAUGUUUGUGAAAUAACGUGGUGAAUAUUUUUAUGUACUGUUUAUAUGUUUAUACCAGUCAAAGUGAAGAGAAGUAAUAAA